AUGGAUCUACCCUCACUUAUGCUGACAAUUGCCUUGGCUGCCCCUAUCCAGCUCCUUUUCCACCAAGAACAAGCUCCUCCUACUCUUGCUGCCCAUCCUCACAUUCAGCCGGAGUUCUUUCGUGGGAAUCAUGGGGAUGAUAUGAACCAUUGGUUUGAUCACUUCAUGACAUUUUCAAACACGCAUUUGGACAUGCCAAGCCUUAGCUACCACGAGACUCUCAUGUCAUGCUCACCCUUGAGCACAAGUAGUGAGCUAAAUGAGGCAAAGAGGGCCAAGGCCGGUGUUGAAGCCGGCCUUGUGAGGCUAUUGGUGGGAUACAUUGGGAUGUUGGAGUAG